AUGGCGCUCAGUAAACCGAUGGAAGUGAUGGCGGCCGCUACGGCAGCAGGCGUCGGCGGAUUCCUGGCAACGAGUAUCCUGUACCCUCUCGACACGCUCAAGACGCGCAUCCAGUCGGGUUCAUCGCUGUUACCCCAAGAAGAAGACGGGCCCAGUGAGAACGAUGCAAGUGCGCCUCCGAGCACGAAGAAGACGCUCGCGGCGCUUCUGCCGUCGCUGUACCGCGGGCUCCAAUACAAAGCGGUCGAGUCGUCGACCUCUAAAUUCUUAUACUUUUACACCUACACACUGCUGGCGCAGCUCGUGACGCCCAAAAGCGGGCAGCCCAUUGGCCCGUUCACGGACUUAUGUAUCGGAUACGUCAGUGAGCUGUGCCAUCUGCCGCUCACGAUGCCCAUGGAGCUCGUGGGCAUUCGACUGCAGACGGGCGGACCCGACAAGGGCACUUUGAGCGACAUCAUUGGCGCGACAGUGAAGGAGAGCGGCGUAAGCGGACUUUACAAGGGACUCGGAGCCUGCUUUGUCCUGUGCCUCCAGCCAGCGAUCCAGUACACAGUGUUCGAGCGGCUCAAGGUCCUGUACGUGCGCAGGUUCAAGCAGGCGGCGCAGGCACUUGGCGCCCUGGAGGCGUUCGUGCUGGGGGCGCUCGCGCGGUCAAUCGCUACGCUCGUGCUGUUCCCGUACAUUCGCGCCAAAGUGCUGAUGCAGACGAGCCACAAGGAGGUGCCGAGCGAGAGAGCGCCUCGAGCGCACAGCCGUUGCGCGAGGACUCGACCAGCGACGAUUGUGUCGACGCUGCAGCGCGUCUACAGCGAAGAAGGGCCGCGCGCGCUCUACCGCGGUCUUGGCCCGGAGCUCACGAGGGCCGCACUCUCGUCGGCGCUGAUGCUCAUGCUCAAGGAGAAGAUCCAGACGCACAUUGUGAUGCUCAUGACGAUCGGCCUGUCGGCGUAA